AUGGAAAACCCAAGAUUUUUUUCACAAAACAUUCCAGAGGACAUCGUGCAUGACGUACUAAAAAGACUCCCCGUCAAAUCUCUACAGCGAUUUAAGUCCGUAUGCAAAACAUGGUGUUCUUUGAUUUCAAGCUCUGAGUUUGCCAAAGCACGCUAUGACAGCGCCAACGAGCCUAACGACAACAUGACCCUUUGGAGAUGCGGCUGCAUUGAGCAAUGCAAAGAUAUAAAUUCUCGUGCCUUCUCCGCCUGGCUUAAUAUCAUAGAUUACAAUGGCUUCAUGCUUGAAACGAAAUCUCUCGACUUGUUUAUUUUUGGAAGAGAAACCCCAGAUAUCUUGGGCUCUUGCAACAAUUUGUUACUUGUUUAUUAUCGUUUUUAUCUUUAUCUGUGGAACCCAUCUUCUGGUACACAUGAUAUGUUUGAAUUAGACUAUGAUAUUACGGAUAAAUAUUCAGAGUUUGAGUUGGGGGUUUUAGAGUUUGAGCUGGGGGUUUUAGGUGGAUGCCUUUCUCUAUCAUACGAUCCCAAUGGAAGCCACCUUGAGACUUGGGUAAUGAAGAAAUAUGGGGUGGAAGAAUCUUGGGAAAAAUUGUUUGUCAUUCCCAAUGUUGAGGGGCAUUUGAGGCCAUUGUGUUUCACCAAUAACGGUGAUGUUUUAAUGGAGGUGAACCUUAAGAAAAUAGUCAUCUACAAUCUUCUAAAUAAUUCUAAAAGAACUGUGAUUCAAAAUAUAGAGUCAGAUUGUUUUGGACUGUGUGUAUAUAAUGUGGAGAGUAUGGUUCUUCCAUAUGAUGAGCAAAGGUUAAACCUUUCUCACCACAAUAAUAAAUUAGAAACACAGAAUCAAAAGAAUUUGAUGGGUCCCUUAUGA